AAAAAUUAUUCAAAUUAAUUGGAAGCAGUUUUUUCAAAAUCAUUUUUUUUUUCUUUGUAUUUUUAAUUCAAAAAAUAGAAACCAAAUAUCACAUGAUAUAAACGCGCGUUGAAUCUUUCGAUUUAAAUACAAAAUAACAUUAGAUGAAUCAGUCUUUGAUACAAUUAUUGAGGUUAUUAACAUGAAACUCAAAUUUGUUGUAAAUAAGUAAUAAAUAUUAGAAUAUUGUUAAAAAUUUAUAUUUUUAAUAAAAUAUAUCUUUUGGUACAUUUAAAAUAUUACUAAUUAUAAUGUGAUGAAUGUACAUUAUUAUUACAUAAUGUCAAAUUCUGUUUAUUAAAUGACAUCAAAGAUUAUAUACACAACCUCAACGUGCAGCCAUGAAUAUUAAGGAAUAUGUUUGCAUUGAUAAUGAUAUCAAUAAUCAUUAUAAUGACAAUGUUUAUGGUCUUAUAACUGAAUUGAGUAGACAUAUAUUGCAAACAUAUCGGUCAUUUCAUCGAAAUAUUCAAUUUACUUAUGAUCAUGAUAUCAAAAUAAUUAAACAUCUUCGAAUUAAAGCUUUUGAAAUAUUGUUGAAAAAAGGUCAUCAAUUGAUUUCUAGCCAAGAUUGCAAAGAAUUUCAAAAAAUAGAUCCAUUUUUAGAAGUACAAAAAUAUGCUUUUACAUUAAAACUAGGAUUAAAUCGUUCACAUGAUGCUAUCAUGUUGGAAUAUUUUUUACAAAAACUUGAAGCAUUUUCAUAUGUUGAACUGCCAGUUUCUUCUAUUUUACAGUUAUUAAUACAAUUAAAAAACUUUAACAUUGAUUCAAAACCAAUAAUGAAUAUAUUUUAUGCUGAUAAAAUAAAUCUUACUUUUCCUAAAAUUACACACAAUAAAAAUGAUUCACUAUUUCAAAUAUAUCCCAUGGAAUAUUUCAUAUCCUCAGAUAAAUUUGAAGCAGUAUUGGAAAAAUUUCCAAAUACAAGAAUUGCACCUAAAAAUAUUAUAAAUGAACUUAAUUUCUUAUAUGAUUCAAAGAAAUCAAAAGCCAUUGGAAUUGAAUCUACUGAUAUACUUGUUACAUGUGAUUUUAUGUCUAACCACAUAUUUGAUAAAAUGUCAUCGCAUACAUUAUUAUGUCCAAAUCAACAUCUUACAAUAAGUUCAGAGUUUAAUUUAUAUAUUUUACAAAAUAAUAUGAUUGAAAAUAAAUGUGAAAAUAUAUACAAUUUUCCUUCAGAAAAAGGAACUACAACAAAUUAUUUGUAUCUUCCUUUUAUACAAACAAAUACAGAAGAAACAGAGAGCAUGAUAGAUACAUGGAAAUUUUUUGAUCAGAGUAUUAGUAAUGAAUCAAAUAGUGGUAUAAACAUUUGGAAUUAUAUAUGGAAUGAAAUCAAUAUUAUAAAUACUAUAUCAGCUGAAAAUCAUCAAACAUGGGAAUGUUUUGGAGAAAUAGAAUCUAUUAAAGAAUUGAUGUUUGUAACAGAUAUGUCAAUUGCAGCAAUACAUCUAGAAAAAAUUAAAGAAAUGAAUAAUUUGUCAUUACUUUCAGAAAAGGUAAUGAAUUCUUUGCUUUUUUUGGAAGAAAUUUCAGCUAAAGAAUUUAUACAUGAUAUAAGAUCAAUGUUAGUGGGCAUAGAAUCAAAUUCAUUCAAAUAUGGAGAUGUAAUAGGAUUUACUUUACGAAAGAAUAUUAGUGUGUAUGGUAUAUGUUCAGAAUCAGUAAAAAAAAUUUGUCAAGAAGCUAUUAAUUGGGGUAAUUGUUUUAGAUUCUUAUGGAAUCUUGUUAUACCCAAAUCACAAAAUAUCAAAUUACCACAAGAAGGACUAAUGUUUAAGGCUAUGUGUGCGAACGUAAAAGAAUUAUUACUUUAUUACCAAGCAGUACUAUUAAGAAUUUUUACAAAUGAAAAUAAAUCUGAAGGGAUAUUGAAAAUAUUUGAAAAAGUACGUUCUGUAGCUACAUUAAUUACUAAAGUUGCUAAAGUUUGUGAGUCUUAUAAAGAAAAUCAAUUUACAUUUCGAGGAGGAAAUAAUAUUCUUACUAACAUUUAUAAUGAAGCAAUUAAAGCAACAGAUACUAAGAUUGCUUUAGUAUUCUAUUCAUUAUUAAAAUCUUGCUGUGAAGUUUAUUUUCGAUUUUUACAGAAAUGGAUUUUUGAAGGUAUAUGCGAUGAUAUUUAUGGAGAAUUUAUGAUUAAAACGAGGCCACAAUAUUUACGUAGUAGAAGUCACAAAUUUUGGACGAAAAGUUUUAGCAUUUACAAUGAUGCAGUACCAGUUUUUUUAAAUGAUUUAGCUGAAUCGAUCCUUCAAUGUGGAAAAACAGUAAGACUUUUAAGAAUUUGUGAUUCCAAAAAUCCAAUUUGUCGUGUUUGUAUAACUGAGCAACCAGAUAUAAAUGUUUGUUUAAGCGUAAUUGCAUUACGUGAUCAAUCUUUAAGAUAUCACGAAUAUGAAAAAAAAGGUAAAUUUGCUCUUGGUUCGAUAGUUUCUCUUUCUACGGCUAUUCUAAAUCAAAAACAAUUAGAAAAAGGAAUAUCAAAAGUAAUUGUACAAACAGAACGUAAUGCACUAUUAAAAGUUCACGAAGAGACGAAAAAACAGGAAGAUACAACAAAAACAUUAACACAAACGAAAGAUUACACAGAUUUGGCAAAUCCUCAAGGACAAAUAUUUAUAAGUAAUUUACAGCAAAAAAAAAAAAAAGAAAGUGAAUCCAAUAAAUUGCUUUUACAAAUAGAACAUAAUAAAGAAGAAAAUACAAUAAAAACAAUGGUUUGGAAUUAUUAUGAAAAUGUAACUAAUGAUAUUAAUAAACGACGUAUUCGUUCACAAUGGCGAAUUAAAAGAAUGAAAUUUUAUAAUAAGAGAGUAGAUAUAUUAAAUACAAUAAAUCAAGAUUUAAGAAACGAAUUAGAAAAAACUGAGAAACUUGAACAUGUAAUAACUUCAGAUUCUUUAAUUGAAAUUCCAAUUCCAUUUGAAGAUGAAAAUAAAAAUUAUACAAAUACAUCUUUUCAACAAUCAUAUGCAAUAUCAACACCAAAUAUUACAAUUGAUCAAAAUCAAGAUUCAAUACAAAAUCAAUAUUUACUUGCGAAUUACAAACAUAAAAAAACAAUAAGCAAUAAUAAUGAAAAAUAUAAAUUUCAUAAUUUUGAUGAACUGAAAAUAUUAAAUAAAAAAACAAUUUCGGAAAUUUCAUCAAAUAAAAAUAGAACAAAUGAACAAAUAGAUGAAAUUUUAGAGCAAUUAUCAACUCAUUGCACACAUCAUUCAACAAUAAGAAGACCUAAUCUUUUGAAUGUUAUAAAAUUAGAUAACGCGAUAACAGAAUCUCAAAUUAGUAACAUACAUUGUAAUAAUAUGACACCAAAUAAUAAUGAACUUGAUAUACAACAAAUUGAAUUUAGUUCUGCUACAAAUGAAAUAAAUAGAAAGACCAUUAAUUUUACUGAAAGCAUAACAAAUCAAGGAAAUAGUAACUUAGAAACACCAAUGUCUUGUACAACAGAUAAUUUUACUAUUUCAUCAGUACAAAGUCCCAUUUCACUGUAUAAUUUAGAAGAUUCAUCACCUACGGAAAUUUCAUCAAUAAUACCAUCAAGUUGUGCUUAUUCAAUAACUAAAUCAACUCUUUCUGUAAAAAAACAUUCAGAUCUAUUUGAAUUAAUUCGUAAUGAAAAAUAUAAUAAAAUAUCAUCGGUAAUAACUCCCUUGAGUAUUACCGAUGUUGAAAUAAUUGAUCAUAUUUCUCUUCAAGCUUACUUAGAAAAGUCGAUUCGUAUUCCUCUUAACAUACAAAGUCGUCUCGUUAGCAAUGCUAUUAUUAAAUAUUUUUUAAAUGAAAACAAUUUGCUUUUACAUUUGCAUAGUUUACGAAGCUAUUUUUUUUUGCUAAAUGGAGAAUUUGCAAAGACCUUAACAGAUUCAUUAUAUGCACGUUUAUAUGAAAUCUCUGUACCCAUUGAAUUAUUUAAUUCAGUUACAUUGACUAAUCUUCUAGAACGAGCACUUGUUAAUUCAUUUAACAAUGUUUAUGUUAAUUCAGAACUUCUCAGUCUUUCGGCAAUAGACACACCAGCUCAGUUAGAAAUAUCAGAUCCAGCUGCUUUAGAUUGUCUUUCUCUCAAUUAUAAAAUAAAUUGGCCACUUAAUAUUAUAAUUGAUGAAACAGUCAUGAAACAAUAUGGUAAAGUAUUUAAAUUUUUAAUAACAAGUGGUCGAGUUUCAUGGGUAUUACAAGAAGAUUUUAAUAUUAUGAAAAGAGAAAAAAAAGCAAUUACAUCAGAACAAUAUCAUAAAUUACAAUUAUAUAGACAUUCAAUGACACAAUUUAUGAAUGCAUUGCACAAUUAUUUAACAUGUAGUGUUUUGCAUGCAAGUUGGGCUGAAUUUGAAAAAGAUUUAGAACAUUCAUUAACUGUAGACCAAAUUUAUUUAUCACAUGUAAAUUAUAUAAAACGAAUACUUUCAAGAUGUAUGCUCAAUAGUCGAGAAGAAAAAGUACGUAUAUGUUUAACUAAUAUAUUUAAAGUCAUUUUAAAAUUUCAUAAUAGAAUAAGAUCUCAAACCUGGAUAAUGAAAUCUACGGGAUAUAUUCAUCCUAAUUUUAAAAAACUGGAACAAAUGUAUCAAGCAUUCUGCGAGUUGCGAGCAUAUAUGUCACAUGUUGCGUUUAAAUUAGCUACAAGUGGAUAUGAACCACAUUUAAUGCAUUUUUUAAAUGCUCUUAAUAUAAACCAAAUGUAUGACUUAACUGUUAAGACUUAUUGUAACUCUGUAACCUCUUCAGAACUUUAAUAUUUAUCAUAUGUCUGUUCCUUUUCUUCUAUACUAAUCUCAAAAUCUAUGAAAUGUAUCAAACAUUCUACGAUUAUAUAUGUCAUAUGUUGUGUUUAAAUUAGUUACAAGUGGAUAUGAACUAUAUUUAAUGCAUUUCCUAAAUAUAUUCCUCUUAAUAUAAACGAAAUGUAUGAUUUAACUGUUAAGACUUAUUGUAAUUCUGUAUAUUCUUCAAAACAUUAAUAUUUAUCAUAUAUCUGUUUCUUUUCUUUCAUAUUAAUCUUAAAAUCUAUUACACUAUUAAUAUCAUCAAUUACAAAUUAUGUGCUCUUUUGUUUCUGAUUUUUGCAAAACUAUUGUAUAUAUGAAUAAAAAAUUUAGUCAAUAAUUUUCUCAUGUUAUAAAUCUUUCAUAACAAUAUAAUUUUAUAACAUAAUAUAAAUUAUUAAAUCUUUCUAAUAAAAAUAUUAAAUAUAUCAUUUUU